AGGGCGAAAAAAACCACUCCCGCCACAUUUGGGGAAAAUUUUGGUGCCACAUGGUGGCCGGGGAUUUGUCCCCUGAUUUAGGGCGCCCCAAAUUUAGGGUUCCCACUAGCAGCGCUUCUUCCUCCUCGAGCGAGGCGGCGGGGGCGUCCAUCGACGAGGGCUUCUCCGCGCCCGCCGCCACCGAUGUGAUCUCCUUUGAUGAGUUUCUUCUCAGCGCGAUACGAGGCAACCGCGAGCAGCAACCGCAGCAGCGGAGGAAUCGGCGGCGGCACUCCACCGCGGCGGGGUCUCCGGGCAACAGCUCCGAGGAGAGCGACGAUCGCGAGGGCGGCGAUGGCGGCAGGAGCCGCCGGCGCCGCAAGAGCUCCGACGACGCUUCUCUCGGGGGCGGUGGUAGCAGCACGACCUCCCCCAGCGCCGCGCAGGUCUCGGGCGAGGAAUCGCCGGGAUUUCUAGCGCCCCAGCAGCAGCAGUCGGAUCAGGAGACCCAGCACCCACUCUAUCGAGGGAUCCGGCGGCGCAGCUGGGGCAAAUGGGUCUCGGAGAUCCGGGAGCCCAAGAAGAAGACGCGCAUUUGGCUGGGAUCCUUCCCCACGCCGGAGAUGGCCGCUCGAGCUUACGACGUGGCCGCGAUCAGCCUCAAGGGUCCCAAGGCCGUGCUCAAUUUCCCCGAGUUCGCGUAUUCGCUUCCACAGCCGGCUAUGGUGUCGCCCAAGUCGAUCCAGCAGGCCGCCGCUGCCGCCGCCCUGGCAUUUAGCUCCUGUUCUCUGGGAACUUCCUCCUCGUCGCCCACGAAAGCAUCGUAUCGGAGCUCCCUUGCAUCGUCCACCUCGUCCCAGCAGUACCACUACUCGAAAUCGCCCGAGAAUGUGGCAAAGCCCUGUUCUUCCUCCCAGGGAUCGCGAUCAGGCGGCGAUUUGGCACCGGCAUUGCCUCCGAUUAGCGAGGGCCAGGUGAAUUACGUGGACGAGGAUAUGAUCUUCAACAUGCCGGAUGUAGUCACGGAUAUGGCUCAAGCGAUGCUUCUCGCGCCGCCGCGAUUGAGCCAAGAACAGAGUGACGAGGAGGAUGAAUCGGGCGAGGAGGCAUCGAUUUGGAGCUAUCGAGACUGAUCCUCGACCACACUCGAUCUCGUGGGAGGCAAUCGGUAGCCUUAGAUCUUGCGCGAGCGAUUGAAACGCUAGAGAGAAAAUCUAGUGUAAAAUAUUUCUAUUUGGGAUGAACACGAAGAACAGUUUAGCUAGAUACGCUCCUAAUCGUGUUUGUUAUAUCUUAAGCGGGCUAGAUAAUGCAUGCUUGUUAUAUUUAAGUGUU